CCCACCCAGGCCAGCGCCUCCAACGGGGUGGGUCGGUUCUCCGGAUUCGCCGACUCCGCUGCUGCCUUUCUUCAGGAGGUCCUACGGCAUCGAAAUUCGCCAUCACUACUCGAGCAAACUGGUGAUGUGCGAGCGGUUCUGUCAGCUCCUUUUGACCUGAGAAGGUCCACGUCUCGUGUCUGCGGUAGCCGCCUCACGACACCAGGGUGGAGGUUAUGGUGGUGGUGUAAGCAAUCCACACGCAUUUACGAGAUCUGGGUGGACGAGUGUGCGUGUACUGUCGUCCAUUCUCCCCUUCUCUCCCCUCGUCGGCUCGAUGCCCAUUGUAUACCCCGUUAG